GCCGCCCCUCUGCAGGUGCCUGUGAGGAGUCGCCCGGGCCGCAGCCGCGUCCCCAACCCGCCGGCCGCGCACUCGCUCACUGCGCUCCCGAGGGGCGGCCCGGCUGUAGGAGGCCGCCGCGAGGCCCGGCCUCAGCAUGAACCGCAGCCACCGGCACGGGGCGGGCAGCGGCUGCCUGGGCACCAUGGAGGUGAAGAGCAAGUUUGGAGCUGAAUUUCGUCGGUUUUCACUGGAAAGAUCCAAACCUGGAAAAUUUGAGGAGUUUUAUGGAUUACUGCAACACGUUCAUAAGAUACCCAAUGUUGACGUUUUAGUAGGCUAUGCAGACAUCCACGGAGACUUGCUACCUAUAAAUAAUGAUGACAAUUACCACAAAGCUGUUUCAACGGCCAAUCCACUGCUUAGGAUUUUUAUACAAAAAAAGGAAGAAGCAGACUACAGUGCCUUUGGUACAGACACACUAAUAAAGAAGAAGAAUGUUUUAACCAAUGUAUUGCGUCCUGACAACCAUAGAAAAAAGCCACACAUAGUCAUUAGCAUGCCCCAAGACUUCAGACCUGUGUCUUCUAUUAUAGACGUGGACAUUCUCCCAGAAACACACCGUAGGGUUCGUCUUUACAAAUACGGCACUGAAAAACCCUUAGGGUUCUACAUCCGCGACGGUUCCAGUGUCAGGGUCACGCCACAUGGCUUAGAGAAGGUCCCAGGGAUCUUUAUAUCCAGACUUGUCCCAGGAGGCCUGGCUCAAAGCACAGGACUACUAGCUGUUAAUGAUGAAGUUUUAGAAGUUAACGGCAUAGAAGUUUCAGGGAAGAGUCUUGACCAAGUAACAGACAUGAUGAUCGCCAACAGCCGCAACCUCAUUAUAACGGUGCGACCCGCAAACCAGAGGAAUAACGUGGUUCGGAACAGUCGGACUUCCGGCAGCUCCGGCCAGUCCACAGAUAACAGCCUCCUGGGCUGUGUUCAGCAGGUAGAACCAAGCUUUGAGCCAGAGGACGAAGACAGUGAUGAAGAUGACAUUGUUAUCGAAGGUAACGGAAUGCCGCAGCAGAUUCCUAAAGCUGUUCCUAAUACGGAGAGCCUCGAAUCUUUAACGCAGAUAGAACUGAAUUUUGAGUCUGGACAGAACGGCUUUAUUCCUUCUAACGAAGUGAGCUUAGCACCUGUAGCAAGUGGCACAAAUACAGAAAUACAUGCUCCGGAUCAAAAACUCUUAGAAGAAGACGGAACGAUCAUAACACUAUGAAGCCUUCGUCCGAAUGUCUUUGGAGCGAGGAUGCCACAGGGACUUGUAAAUUUGGCUGUUCAAAGCAUAUAUACCUCUGAACCAGUGACCUGGAGUAGGCAUGAGAAAAUUAAUAUUGCAAGCUUGAAAUGUUGUUAUAAUAGUAGUUUGAUCAUUGUUAAUAUAAACUUCAGUUUGUCAGAGGUGAGUUUAAGUCUGAAAGGGGCCUUUGCUAAUGAAAUUACGUGCUUUUGUUACUUUGUCUCUAGAGAACUGGAUGUUAGAGCACAUUCUCAGAACUGAGAGGACCAGAUCAUUUCCAUUCGAAGUGGUUGCAUAUUUUUUAACCUGCUGUGCAGAGCCCAGUUAGCUUUUCCUUUAACUAUAUUUUUUUAAAUUCUAAUGUGAAGAAGUCUGAUUCUGUCCUUUGGUACCUUAGGGACCUCAGCUCCUAUGUUCCCUAUAUUUUAUUUCGAUUUUUUAAUGUUGUUCCUCUGUUGUUCGUUGUUACAAGUAAUUUUUUCAGAUGGUUUUUUUUUUUCCCUAAUAUUUAAGAAAUCAAUCACCUGUUUUUGGGAGUCGCUUCCUACAUCAUAAAGCAUUGAAACACCGUGUUCCUGAAUUAAGAAACUGUAACUGUUGUUCAAGUUCCAAGCUUGUUCAUCCCAUAGUUUUCACAUUCACAGACUCACUCCAUGUGCGUAUAACUUAAUGUUGCAAAAGGCAACCCCAUCAGCUGGUAAUACCUGAGACUCCCUUCAUCUCUUUCUCACCCGCACCCCCAUCUCAUUGGAAAUCAUUCCAUUUGUUGUUGGUGUGUGUUUCGUGGGUGCGCUUUUAUACUCUGCUAUGUAUUUGAGUAGUGGGAAUCAUUUUGGAUUUAAAAAUGCACCCAAAUUAAGAGAUUUUUACACGCAUGACACACUUGUGCACUUUUUUACAUGAGAUGAUUUGGUUUUUCCCCUCAUGGGAUUUCUAGGAACACUACCUAUACUUUACGAGAAAAGAUAAGACUAUUCACCUUGGACAGGUAGAGUGUAUUGCUACUAAUUUUAUGAGGCUAUUUAUUACUUUCCAGGGCAUCCACUUAGAACAAGUGAAGGGUGAGGCUGCUGACUUCCAUCCCUCGCCUGACUUCCCUGUCCAACACGCAUGGGCACCGCAGUAGGCCUGUAUGUAGAAACCCAGGAUUGCGGGAAGCGCUUAAGUCCCCUGUGGCUUAUGGCUCCUUCUCUCAGAGUUAUUUAUUAAUUCAUUUUACGGUAGGGCGAGAAUGGGUACCUUCGUAACAGUUGCGUGCUGGGGAAGCAAUGAAGAAUUCAGUGACUCCGUUUUGAAGGAUAUUUUCUCUCUAGGGUAAAGAUAUAUGAAGAAGUCUUGGACUGAAGGAAGGUCACUUGACUCAGAAUACUUAAUGUAUUUUGUUCACGUUACCACUAAACAGAUUAUCGCUGAACUGUUAACUGCACAACGUUAUGUAAUGCAAUGUACUUUUUUUGUUGAAUUCACCCAAUUUCUUCCACUUCUAUAUCACCAUUUGCUAAUGGCAUUCCAGCUUUAACCUUCUGUGAGGUAUAGAAAUUUGACUCUAGAACAGCAAAAUGUUAAC